ACAGAGCAGAGAGGUCUACAUCAGCCUUGUGUGUGUGUGAUAUCUUCCUUCUCUUCUUUUUUGAUUUCCCACCAGGAUUUAUACUUUUGUUGUAGAUUACAGAGCAAAGUUUACGGUCAUUCCACAACUUCGUGUUCAGAAUGAGGACUGGGAUCUAAUUCUCUUUGGUGGACAAUGAAGUGUAUCCAGCUUUGGCAGACUCUGUGGCUGCUGACCUCGAUGUACCUGAAAACAUCUCUGAGUAUCAGUGUGACGUUCCCUAACAAACAGCCUCUAUACAUAGCACUGGGCAGAACUCUGGUUCUAGAAGCUGAGUUUCAACUCCAGCAGGGUGAAAGCAUUAUAUUACGAACAUGGGAACUUAAGAACAGUUACGGGGAAGUCAGAGUGGCAGAAGGAGACAAGACAACUAACAAGAGGACAGCUGUAUUGAAGAAAGGAGCACUGUUGAGGAUUAAUGAAGUCCAAGACAGUGAUUAUGGAACCUACAAGGUUACCGUCACAGCUGCCAACGGGUAUCAAGUGUCUGAUUCUCGUCAAGUGCUACAAAUAACAAGUCCUCCAGAAACUUCACUCUUCAUGCAAUGUAGGAUCCAAAGUGAGGGAGCACAGUGGGACAGAUCUGUGUUUUCAUGGCACAUGGAUGGAAUCGAAAUCACUAAUCAGACUGGUGAGCUGUCUGAAGAUGGCAGCACACUCCGUUUGAAAAACCUGGGACAAAAUUAUACCUGCAUUACGAACAGUAGUCAAGGGAUAAGUGAAGUGGACGUGAGUGUAAAAGCCAACCCAGAGUCAAAACCAGAACCCGACGAAUGUUCCUGCACUGUAUGGACUGUGUUUGUAGUCCUUGAACUCAUCAUUAUCAUUGGCUUGAUUUGUGGAUACUGGUAUAAGAAGAAGGCCUCCAAUACUCAUAAUACAAGCUACUGAGAGCGUGACUCCUUCUGAACGAGGAUCUCUGACCCUACAACACUUCCUGCUGUAACACUCAACCAAAGAGCAUCUUUUUUAAUUUAAAUGUAUUUAGAUUCUAUUUAUUUAGAAAGAGAUUAUUUCUAUCUAAGAAUAUAUGUUUGUGACACUAUCUUAUUAGUUACGCUUAUCCUGUACCCUGGGCAAUUUAGCAGAUACGCUUAGCAUACAGGUGACCUUGUAAAGUGUAUUUAUUGGCUUUGCAUCUACUAACUACAGUCCACUGGUCCACUUGUGGAGGAAUUGCAUCUACCAUGUGCACCUGUAUGUGAAGUGUGUCUAAUAAAUCCUGUGGUGCUCUAUAUAGUACUGUGCAAAAGUCUUGGGCACAUCUCAAGAAAUACUGUAAAGCAAAGAUGUCUUCAAAAAUAAUGAAAUGAAAAAUGUUUUUACAGUUAAAAAAAUACUAUAAAGAUCAGUAACCAGUAAUAAAUGAAACAAAGUCAGUAUUUGGUGUGAGAUGACCCUUCGCUCUAAAAGUGAGUGCAGUUUUAUAAGGCAACGAGCUGUAGGUUUUACUGGGAUCAGGACGCGUCGUCCAAUAGUUGAGACAUUUUGUCCAAAGCCUUUUUCAGACGCACUAUCAAUUAUUUUAUACAACCCCGAUUCCAAAAAAGUUGGGACAAAGUACAAAUUGUAAAUAAAAACGGAAUGCAAUAAUUUACAAAUCUCAAAAACUGAUAUUGUAUUCACAAUAGAACAUAGACAACAUAUCAAAUGUCGAAAGUGAGACAUUUUGAAAUUUCAUGCCAAAUAUUGGCUCAUUUGAAAUUUCAUGACAGCAACACAUCUCAAAAAAGUUGGGACGGGGCAAUAAGAGGCUGGAAAAGUUAAAGGUACAAAAAAGGAACAGCUGGAGGACCAAAUUGCAACUCAUUAGGUCAACUGGCAAUAGGUCAUUAACAUGACUGGGUAUAAAAAGAGCAUCUUGGAGUGGCAGCGGCUCUCAGAAGUAAAGAUGGGAAGAGGAUCACCAAUCCCCCUAAUUCUGCGCCGACAAAUAGCGGAGCAAUAACAGAAAGGAGUUCGACAGUGUAAAAUUGCAAAGAGUUUGAACAUAUCAUCAUCUACAGUGCAUAAUAUCAUCAAAAGAUUCAGAGAAUCUGGAAGAAUCUCUGUGCGUAAGGGUCAAGCCCGGAAAACCAUACUGGGUGCCCGUGAUCUUCGGGCCCUUAGACGGCACUGCAUCACAUACAGGCAUGCUUCUGUAUUGGAAAUCACAAAAUGGGCUCAGGAAUAUUUCCAGAGAACAUUAUCUGUGAACACAAUUCACCGUGCCAUCCGCCGUUGCCAGCUAAAACUCUAUAGUUCAAAGAAGAAGCCGUAUCUAAACAUGACCCAGAAGCGCAGACAUCUUCUCUGGGCCAAGGCUCAUUUAAAAUGGACUGUGGCAAAGUGGGAAACUGUUCUGUGGUCAGACGAAUCAAAAUUUGAAGUUCUUUAUGGAAAUCAGGGACGCCGUGUCAUUCGCACUAAAGAGGAGAAGGAUGACCCAAGUUGUUAUCAGCGCUCAGUUCAGAAGCCUGCAUCUCUGAUGGUAUGGGGUUGCAUUAGUGCGUGUGGCAUGGGCAGCUUACACAUCUGGAAAG